CUCCGCAGUUUUGUUACAAGAUUCGCGAAGCUUUUUGCGCCUGUCAGGAUUAUUUUGUGCCUCGCGUCGGCUAUUUCUUUGGAGACUGCGUUGUGAAGUCGAAGGGUAGAGCAAGACACCUGCAUGCAGAUAUCACGUCGGCGGGCGAGCCUGGGUCAGUCUUUAGCCUGCGCUCCAACCGUCCAGGUGUAUUGUAUUUCACGCCGCUCCAAAUGAUUUACUCCAAAUUAGCUACUCACUUUCUACUCAUACUUCUCGUAUUCUCAGCACUUCCCCAAGGUGGUGAGAGCAAAGUCGACGAAAAAGAAAAGGAAAAAUUAGAAAACGAAGAUAAUCACAAACAUAAGCACCACAGCCAUCAUAAAUGGGACUACUCGCGACAAGGCCAGGAGAGUUGGCGGCACCACCAUUCGGAAUGCGGUGGUGAAGGUCAGUCGCCCAUCAAAAUUUCAACAAAGCACGCAGUCCCAGCGCCUUACCCAGCCCUCGAAAUGGUUGGUUACCACAACCCUCUUCCAGCGCCGGUCACCCUCACCAAUAAUGGCCACUCUGUGUCUCUGAAUGCCGCUAAACCCAACGAUGAAGAUGACGAGCCGAUUCCGUAUAUAUUCGGAGGGCCUUUGAAAGGCGAAUACGAAAUGGUCGGGCUUCACUUCCACUGGGGACGGCGCAACAACAGGGGGUCCGAGCACAUCAUCAACUCCAUACGGUUUGCCAUGGAGCUGCACAUUAUCCACAGAAACAGAAAAUACGAAACGAUCACCGAGGCACUUAAACACAGAGACGGACUCACUGUGCUCGCCUUUUUCUUUUCGGCAGGAGAGAGAGGCAACGCCCGUCUUGAUACCCUGAUUCAGAGUUUGCCCUUGGUCAAGAACAUUGGCGAUAAAGUGACCUUGGAACACCCCUUGCCCUUAGCUUGGAUGCAACCUCGAGACAUUGAUACUUUUUACUCCUACAGAGGCUCACUGACCACCCCACCCUGUUCGGAAGCCGUCACUUGGAUUCUUUUUCCACAACCCCUUCACGUCUCUUUUGACCAAAUGGAUCUUUUUAGGAAACUUUCUUUUGGGGAAGAGCCAAUGGUGGACAACUUCAGACAUCCGCAACCGAUUUCUGGGAGAACGAUUUAUGUUCAUCGGCUUGCCAACGGAACUCGAUUCCACAACCAUAAUCAUUUUCAUAGAUCAAAGUGAUAUCAAAUUUUACUUUGCAAUCGAAUUAAUUUUCACACACAAAAUUCAUAAGUGCCAUGGAUGUAUGUAAAUAUAUGAAAAUUUAAAAUAGGAAAGAAUGGCUGUAAUUUAAAUCUGAUUGAAAUAGAUUUGAUCCUAUUUAAAAUGCAACAAUUUAUUUGACUAUG